GACCCUAACACGCACAUACAGAGGCGCUAAAAUGGAAGAGAGCUCCACGGAUUCGGAAUCGAUGAUGAUAGAAACCCUAGGGAGCAGAGGAUGGUGUUUCGGGGAAAUCGAGCUGGUGAAGGCCAUCAUUAUGAUCCACUCCGCUUUGGCCGAUGACCCGUCUAUGGUGGUGGAUGCGGUGGAGUCGGAGCUCCUCAACACGGAUCUUAAAUCCAUCGGCGCCAAGUCCUUACCCGACCCGGCCCUUCUCCGCAAUCGCAAGUCCUCCCACAUUCUCGGUCCCAAAGUCCUUCAGAUAUCUUCAGUGAGAGACAUAACGAAAAGCAGCAUCGAAGGGCUCUCGCAAAGUUCCAGUAAUCGGCGACUCCUAAAACUAGGGCUCACAGAUGGGCACACUGAGAUAACUGCUAUAGAGUAUGUUCAUAUCCCUUCGAUUCCAGACGGCGUCGUUCCUGGAACUAAGGUCCGUUUGGAAGAUAAAGCUGUAAUACGUAGUGGAAUAGUAUGUUUAAAUCCUAAAGUGCUAACCUUAUUAGGAGGACUUGUUCAGCCACUCUAUGAAGAGUGGCAGAUGAACCAAAAAUAUUCAGGUCUUUCCCGCUCGCCUUUGAGGUUAUCACAGGAAAGUGAUACAGGAGGUCCUCCCCCAUUUGAGAAGUUGCAAAUUGAGGCAUCCUCACAUCGGAUUGCUCAGCGAGGGAGACAUUCUGAUUAUGCUGCGUCUACUUCCAAGAACGGUGUGCUUAAUGCUCUUGGUGGAAAUACUAGCAUUAGGCCUACUGUGCAGCAAAACCUUGAUAAAGCAUCUGACAUGGAUAAUAAUCCAAAAACAGCUUCCAUCACAGAGAAGACUGAAGAAAAGGCAAGCUGCUCCGAAAUGAGACCAAAAGAAGUAGUGGAAUCUGUCCCUGUUCAAAAUCAAGCAUCUGCGCAGAAACUCCUCCAGAAAAUGAGUAACCCAAACCAGGAUGAUAGACAUUCUAGAGGCCGAAAACAUAGGGGGAAGGGAAGAGAAGAAGAGCCAGUUGUUUUCACUCUGAAUGAAUGGGAAAACAGAAAAGCUGGCACAAAGCCUCUUGUUCAGGAUGGGCUUCCGGAUAUUACUCGUGAUGAGGAUCUUGCGUGGCAGCUUCAAAACCAAUUUGAUUUGGAAGAUUCUCAUGCACAAAGGGGUCCUCCCAACGCAGUUUAUUUCCAACCUGCUCAGGCACAAAGAGGUCCUCCCAACUCAGUUUAUUUUCAACCUGUUCAGGCACAGAGGGGUCCUCCCAACGCAGUUUAUUUCCAACCUGCUCAGGCACAAAGGGGUCCUCCCAACUCAGUUUAUUACCAACCUGUUCAGGCACAAAGGGGUCCUCCCAACGCAGGGGCAGAUGACUUGAGAAUGAGUAUGUUUAAUUAUGCAAGAGACGAUGAGAGGUAUCGUGAUACAGAACAAGGAGGCAGAGGGAGAGGAAGGGGAAGGGGAAGGGGAAGAAAGGGUCAGGGGAGGGGUAGAGGGAGAGGAUGGGGUUGAUUUGGUUGGCUUUUUGACCUUCCUCCCUAUUGUUUACUUCCCCAUAUCAUCUUGGUGUGUAAAGUAAGUUUUGUGUUAUAAAUGCGUAUUUGUUCGAGGAGUAAUGCUAUUUAGUAAAUUGUUGUACGACUACCAUACAACUAGAUGACAUACAUAGUAGUGAAAAUCAACCUUUAAUUUUAAUUUUUCCAAGUGUUGAUCCUUUUUUUUAAGUGUUGAUGAAAUUGUUGAUUUUCACCAUAGCAUUAUCAGGUUGUAUGGUAGUUGUGUAGCAGUCUACUAAAUAUUAUUAUUUUUAUUCAGGUAUCAUAAUGGAGUUCCAAACAUGCAAAUUGUGAGAUUUUCUCUGCUUUGGCUGCCCUUAUAUUUCACCUUGAAGAAUCAG